CGCCCCCUAGCAGGAGUUCCGGCCUGCAUGCGUCCACCCAGGAGCGGCAGCGACUCGAUUGAUGGGUACGAUCGAGCACUCCACUCUCGACCCACAGCUCCUCAUCCAUCAGCAUCACGCCGCCUGGUUGCUGAGUCUUUCUUGGAUCACGCUCUCAGCUGUGUCAAAGCGGCAAAGCGCCCCGCUCACUUCUACCAGCAUCCUCCAACGAGUAACAACAGUUGCGCAUCAUGUCGGACCCUCGCAUCUCGGCCCGAGAGGCCUUUGAAAUCAACGCUGCUGCUGCCGUCAAGGAGUACAACGUCGACCCUCGUUUGGAUUACAGGACGGUCUCCGCCAUCAAUGGACCUCUGGUUGUUCUCGAUAACGUCAAGUUUCCUUCCUACAAUGAGAUCGUCUCCCUCACCCUGCCCGACGGCUCUCGCCGAGGCGGUCAAGUCCUGGAAGUCAGCGGCAGCAAAGCCAUUGUGCAAGUCUUUGAAGGCACUUCCGGCAUCGAUGUUCGCGACACGCAUAUCGAAUUCACAGGCUCCAGCAUGAAGCUGCCAGUCUCGGAGGACAUGCUGGGUCGUAUUUUCAAUGGAUCUGGUAACCCUGUAGACAAGGGACCCAAGGUGUUUGCGGAAGAUUAUCUCGACAUCAAUGGCUCUCCCAUCAACCCGUACUCCCGCGUGUACCCCGAGGAGAUGAUUCAGACGGGUAUCAGUACGAUCGAUGUCAUGAACAGCAUUGCUCGUGGACAAAAGAUUCCGAUCUUUAGCGCUUCAGGUCUGCCGCACAACCAAAUCGCUGCCCAAAUCUGCAGGCAGGCAGGUUUGGUUCGCAAGCCAGGAUCUGCUUCGGACGGCGCGGCUGCUCCCAGCAAAGGCAUUCACGACGAUCACGAAGACAACUUCAGCAUCGUCUUUGCUGCUAUGGGUGUCAACAUGGAGACUGCUCGAUUCUUCAAGCAAGACUUUGAGGAGAAUGGAUCGCUUGACCGUGUCACCUUGUUCCUCAACUUGGCCAACGACCCGACCAUCGAGCGUAUCAUCACACCGCGAUUGGCACUCACCACCGCAGAGUACUACGCUUAUCAGCUUGAGAAGCACGUGCUGGUCGUGUUGACGGAUAUGACUUCGUACGCCGACGCGCUUCGUGAGGUAUCCGCAGCUCGUGAAGAAGUGCCGGGUCGUCGUGGUUACCCGGGUUACAUGUACACGGACUUGUCCACAAUCUACGAGCGUGCUGGUCGCGUCGCCGGCAGGAAUGGGUCCAUUACCCAAAUUCCCAUCUUGACCAUGCCCAACGAUGACAUUACUCACCCAAUUCCUGACUUGACGGGAUACAUUACCGAGGGCCAGAUCUACGUCGAUCGCGGUCUCAACAACAGACAGAUCUACCCUCCCAUCAACGUCUUGCCUUCUCUUUCGCGAUUGAUGAAGUCUGCUAUCGGCGCCAAGCACACUCGUGAGGACCAUGGUGACGUUUCGAACCAGCUGUACGCAGGUUAUGCGGUUGGUCGCGACGCGGCCUCGAUGAAGGCCGUUGUUGGUGAAGAAGCCCUAUCUCAAGAGGACAAGCUUUCGCUCGAGUUCAUGCAGCGCUUUGAGCAAGAAUUCGUUCAGCAAGGAGAGUACGAGGCGAGGACCAUCUACGACAGUUUGGAUAUUGGGUGGGAUCUGCUGCGCAUCUUCCCUAGGCAAUCUCUCAAUCGUAUCAAUCCCAAGAUCAUUCAGGCCUACUACUCGCGCCGCACAGGCAAAAAGAAGGAGCAAGAAUCUGCAGCUGCAGCAGAUGAGUCCAAGAAAGCCCAGAACAAGGGCACGAGGGACACUGGCGAUGCCAAGCUCGUGGAUGAUGAGUAAGUCAUCGUCUCUACAUUCAGAGCACGCACAUGACCCCUCUGCUUGUACAUACGAACGUCCGCGUACGAGCGCAAUAGCCGAUCUUCCGUCUGCCGAGUGACCUAUCUGGUCAGCUGCCGUUUCGUUCGUGGUAUUCAGAUGCUAUGUGCUUCACUUCGAGCAUCUCGGAUCCCGUCUGCGCAUGCUCAGACACCUUGGCACGACAAUUGAUACCGC